AUGUCCUCCGCGGCGGUAGCCGCUUCGAGACGGCAGUCGUGCUAUCUGUGCGACCUUCCCCGCAUGCCGUGGGCCAUGAUCUGGGAUUUUACGGAGCCCGUGUGCCGCGGAUGCGUAAACUACGAGGGCGCGGACCGCAUCGAGUUCGUGAUCGAGACGGCUCGGCAGCUCAAGCGCGCUCACGGCUUCCAGGAGGGUCGCAGCCCCGGGCCGGGCAAGGCGGCCAAGGAGCUGCAGCCAGUCAACCACGCGGCGGCGGUGGCGGCGGCCGCGGCCGCGGCUGAGGCUGGCUCGCGUCCGCCGCAGCCCCUCGACCGCUACCCGCUCGUUCCAGACCGGCCGCCUCGCCUGGGGCCCGAGUACCCGUCCGCAGCGAGGCAAGCCAACGGCAUCCCCGUUCCCAACGGCUUCCCCAAGCCUGACGAGCCACCGGAGCUGAACCGCCAGAGCCCCAACCCGCGCAGGACUAGCGCCGUGCCGCCCAGCCUCAUGCCCAUCAUGAACGGGGGCCUGCCGUCCGUGCACGCGCUCAACGGUCGCCCGCCGCAGAUGGGGAUUCCCAGCCUGACUGAGCACGGCGGAAAGCGGGACGACGGCAAAGAGAAGCACCGCGGGGACGGGCUCGGGGAGCUAGGCGACGGUCACAAGCGCGCUGAGGACUGGAUGAGCAAAGGCAAGACAGUGAGGGACCUCAUGGCGCUGCACACGCUGGACAGCAGGUUCAAGAAGGAACACGCAGCCAUGCAGCACAGGAUGGGCUACGACACGAGCUCCGCACCCUCCAAAACAGAACGAGGCAAGCAGCCCCGGACCAUGAAGAGGAAAGCCUCCCCUGAGCCGGAGGGGGAGGGCGCCACCGCCAAGCUGAACGGAGAGGGUCAGCCAUGGCUGCCGUCGUCGUCGGAGGUGCUGAAGAUCCCACCAGCCGCCCUGCCUGGUUACGGGACCGCUCCACCUUCCACCAUCUCCCCUCACUCCCGCACCACCCCCCCAGAAGCAGCCACGGCGGCACAGAACGGUCAGUCGCCCAUGGCUGCCCUCAUCAUGGCGGCAGACAACGCAGGGGCCGGCACAGGCUCACCCAAAGACGCCAACCAGGUGCACUCAACCACUAGCACAGCGGCGGGGGGCCGGCGGAACAGCGGCAGCCCGCUCUCGCCCUCCUCAGCCGGCCAACGCGGCCAGCGGCUGAACCAAAGGGACGCGAUGGCCGUAGGGGUGGCCGGCACCCCCGGCACGGGCACCACUGCCCAUGUGCCGGGUGUGGACCCCCAGCCAGGACACCCUCAGAGCGUUCCGGACUCGUCAGUGCCCCCCGGCAGCGUCCCGCUGUGCUGCACCUUGUGCCACGAGCGGCUCGAGGACACACAUUUUGUCCAGUGCCCAUCAGUGCCCUCGCACAAGUUCUGCUUCCCUUGCUCGCGUGAGAGCAUCAAGCAGCAGGGCGCCACAGGGGAGGUGUACUGCCCCAGCGGAGAAAAGUGCCCACUGGUGGGCUCCAACGUGCCCUGGGCCUUCAUGCAGGGAGAAAUAGCCACCAUCUUGGCUGGAGACGUGAAAGUAAAAAAGGAGAGAGACCCUUGAUUUUUUUUUUUUUUUUUUUCACAUUUUUUUUUCUGUUUUUUUUUCUUCUUUUUUGUUACUUUUUUUUGCAACACAAAAAACAACAGAUGAAAUACAUGCAUAUACGAUUUCAGAUGACUACCAGUAAAUCAAAAAAUUGCAUACCAUCCAAAAUCCAGAAAUUAUGGGACAUGUACAUAUGGACACAAGGGAAGUGUACACUUCGUAAAACAUGGCUGUAUAAAUUUUUUUUGAUUUUCCUUUUUUGAAUACAUUGUUUCUAUAUUUUUUUGAAGAUGAAAAGGUAUGUACACAUUAUAACAGACUACUCUCGUCCCCCCCAACCCCUCCUUUUUCAGUUGUUGUUCAACGCCAAUUAUCAAUGUACUAUUAGACCUGGUGGCAGUCCAUGUUUAAACAUAGAAUGUGACUAAACCUACUCUAUGAGCACUUGGCAAAACUGAAAUGCUUCUAGCUGUACUUGUAUGCACUUGUUUAAAAUUGCCAAAUACAAUUUUUGACCUUGUAAUAACAAC